GCUCAAAUCAUCAUUUUAUAUAUUUGAAAUACUUUUACGAAUUCUAUAAUAAAUAUUAAACACUGAUGGGUUUAUUCGGUGGUGGUGGCAAUAAAUACGGAAUAUUCUAUACAAUUGUUCGUGUUGUAUUAGGCAUAUUGAUUGGUGUUAUAUUGAUUAUGGUCACAUUAUCGGUCAUCAAUCAUGGUCUUGGUUCAUAUAGUCUAUCCGGUUAUGUGUGGUUGGCCAUUUCAUUUGUUUCGCUUAUAAUUGGUUUACUUGGUACAUGGCGUGAACAUUUUUUUGCCGUAUUCCUAUUAUGUGUCGGUUCGAUUACAUUGGUUUGUCUUUCAUAUUAUGAACGUAUUAAUAUGGGUAUAUGGUCAGGCAAUUUUGCAACUGGUCAAGGUAUGAUAAUGGCUAUGAUUGCAUUGUCGGCCCUGUAUUCAUUUAUGCUUUACAAUACUGGCCAUCAAGAAAUGGGUUUACCAGAAUUUUGAUUCAAAUAUUGAGAAAAAAAAAUUUUUUUUCGCU